AUGGGUGCAAAAGCAGCGACCGCUGCGAUUGCGACCAGCACAACGCCUAACACUGCAAGUGCUACAAAAAAGCGUAAGCUACUAAAAACUUACUCUAGCAGCAGCGAUCCAUCUCCUUUUUCACGAGCUUCGCCACCGGCAUAUGGCCAGGUGUGUUUGAAGUACGAGAGCUUUGAGACACCACCUGAAGAGAAGCCCAAGAAGCUACGCAAGAAACAGGAUGAGAACGAAGAGAAGCGAUUGCGCAAAUUUCGGUCCAAGGCUCCACAAGCUUUUACUGAAAUAUACCAGCGCGCUACUUCUCAGCGUUUUUAUGUCCUUGGUAGAACUCGCUGUGGAACAGCAGAGUGUCCAGAGGAAGAAGUAGAACUUACGGGCUCUACUGGUAACAUCUACAAGGUCCAUAUUGCCCGUCAGCCGACAUGCACUUGUCCACAUGCAGAGAAGGGCAACCAAUGCAAGCAUGUCAUAUAUGUGAUGGCACGCGUCCUCCGAGCUAGAUUCGAUCUUGUCUAUCAGCUCGCGCUAGUAUCUUCAGAACUGGUCGAGAUCAUCAACAAUGCGCCUCCUAUCGAAGUUGGGGAUGAUGCCGAGAAACCCAACAAGGACAAGAAUCGCAAAGAGAUCGAAGGUGAUUGUCCUAUCUGUUUCAUGCCAUUUGAGGAGUCCGAUUCUACUGUCUAUUGUCGUGCACAAUGCGGUCAAAAUAUUCACAUGGAGUGUUUUGAGAUGUGGGCGGCAACAAAACGACAAGAUAGUGGCGCACGUGAUCAGGUCACCUGUCCGAUGUGUCGAACUCCAUGGCAGGGUGAUGAUGAUAUGAUCAACAAAAUCCGAAAUAGAGGCGUCAUAGGCUCGGAGGGCUAUGUAAACAUCGCUGACCAACUUGGCAUAAGCACAUUCAGAGACACGAGCACAUACUACAACGGUCCGCGCCGUGGCCAACGAUAUCAUGGUGGUUGGUGGUGA